CUCUAGAAAAAAAAGAAGGAAAGAAAGAAAGAAACACUCUCUUUCUCUCUCUUUCUUCUGUUUCUCUCUCCAUCCACGAUGCCGCCGUGCUCUGAGCCACGCCGAUCCACGCCACCGGCGUCCCGUGAUCUUCUCACUCUCCCUUGAUCUUCCCACACCACCCAUUUCCCUUCUCCAUCUCCACUCCACCGGCCACCACCGACCCAUUCAAACACACACUCACAAACCCAACACCACCAUACCCAUUCUCUCCGUUUCUCUCUUCCUAGCCGCAACUCACCACAAUUUCUUCCAUCAAUCUCUGCAAUUUUAGUCACCCAUAGCCAUGGCUUCUGGCAUGUUCGUGGAAGUCAUUAAAGAAGUUGGGUUGUGCCUAUGGCAGUCUGGGUCCAAGUGUUUAGUCCACAUUCGCGAUUUGAAAGAAAAUCUCAAUUCCUUGGAAGUUACUAUGGAGCAACUCAUGCAAAUAUAUGAAGAUGUGCAGCAAAGGGUCCAAACCGAAGAGUUAUUACCACUCGCGAAGCGUACCUGCGAAGUGGCUGGCUGGUUUGAUGGGGUACGGAAACUGAAUGAAGAUGUGAGCAAAACUCUCCAAGAUGGUAAGGAACAAGAGCAGAACAAGUGUCUCGCAGGUUAUUGUCCCAAAAACUGUUGGCAAAGCUAUAAGUUAGGAAAGAGAGUAAGAAAAAUGCUGGAUGAGGUAGAAAAGAUGAAGAAUAAAGGUCGAUUCGACAUUGUGGUUGCAAAGAUGCAUAAUCCCGUUAACAAGAAGCCCAUGGAUGAGACCAUGGGUUUAGAUCCCAUGCUUCAAAAGGUCUGGAGAUGCAUUGAAGACAAGAGUCUGAGAGUCAUUGGUUUAUAUGGAGUCGGAGGUGUCGGAAAGACUACCCUCCUUCACAGAAUAAACAAUCUGUUCUUGAGCCUAAGCCAUGAUUUUGUGGAAGUUAUUUUGGUUUCAGUAUCAAAAGAACCAGAUGUGAAAAAUAUUCAGAAUACAAUUCUCCAAAAAUUGGGUCUCCUUGAAGGCUCUAGAUUUGUUUCUACAGAGGAAAAUGCCACACUAAUAUGCCGCAGGCUAGAAGAGAGAAAGUUUUUGUUAUUGUUAGAUGAUAUAUGGGAAUGGCUUGAUCUCAACCUUGUAGGAAUUCCUCUUCCAGAUGAUCAGAAUGAGUCCAAAGUAAUAUUUACAACCCGAUUAGAGGAAGUUUGUGGCCUCAUGGGAGCUCAGCAAAAUAUCAAGGUAGAGUGUUUAACACAAGAAGAAGCCUUACGUUUGUUUCGGAUGAAGGUAGGUGAAAACACUUUAAAUUCUGAUCCACGUAUACCGAAGCUUGCAGAAGAUAUGGCUGCAGAAUGCAAAGGCUUGCCACUAGCUCUGGUCACUGUUGGGCGUGCAAUGGCUAGUAGGAAGGAUCCAGAAGACUGGGAGUCUGAAAUAGCCGCAUUGAGGAACACUCCUUCAGAGUUUCCAGGCAUGGAUUCUGUUCUGCUUCCUUUGAAGUUUAGUUUCGAAAAACUGCAGAAUGCUACCUUUAAGUCUUGUUUCUUGUAUUGUUGUCUAUUCCCUGAUGGAUAUAACAUCAGGAAAGAGGAACUCAUUGAAUAUUGGAGAGCAGAAAGGCUUCUAGAUGAAUAUUACCAUGAUGGAGAAUAUAUAAUCAGAAGUUUGGAGCGUGCAUGUUUACUGGAGAGUGGUGAAUCAGAAGAGUUCGUUAAGAUGCACGGUUUGAUUCGUGACAUGGCCUGGUGGGAAUGUAGAGACAAGGUUGCAAUAUUCAUUAAAAGAGAUGCUGAGUCAGAUGAAGAACGCGGAUUAAGCAUAUGGAAUGGAGUAGAAAGGUUGUCUUUGUGGGAUUAUAGUAUAGAUGAUGUCCUCAUAAAUUCUUCACCGUCAUGCAUAGAACAUUUCUGCCAAAAUGUCAAGCAGUUACCGAAUCUCCGUACUAUGAUUUGUAAGGUUCCAUUGUUAACAACAUUUCCAGCUGGUUUCUUCCCUUUGAUGUCUGCUUUGACACUCUUGGAUUUGUCAAAUAGUUUUCUCUUACGUGAGUUACCCAAGGAGAUUGGUAAAUUAAUCAACUUGGAAUCUCUUAAUGUCUCUGAAACUGCUAUCACAGAAUUGCCGGAUGAAAUUCAAUAUUUGGAAAAGUUAAGGUGCUUGAUAUUAAAUGGAACAAACAUUCCGGAAAUACAAAGGGGAUUGAUAUCAAGAUUUCAGUUCUUGGAAAUAUUUAGUAGGUUCGGUGACAAAUAUUUCAGUUACUCAGAGGUGUUAGGGGAUCUGGUUAACUUACCACAUUUGAGUGAAAUCUGCAUUGCCAUUACUUCCGACACAGCUAUCAUCCAAAGAUUAAUGUCAUUGGAGAGGUUACAAGGGUGCAUAAGAAAACUCUCACUCUUCUCAUGCGAUGAGUUGACCUCCCUCGUACUAUCACCCACAUCGCUAUAUAGAAUGGAGCAUCUUGAAUUGCGUCAAUGUUCAAGUUUAAGAGAAGUGGGAAUUGAGCCUUUUCGGAUCCAUCAAAUGCCUAAGAACUUUGACCAUUGUUCCAUGUUUGGCAAACUUCGCAGGGUAGUGAUUGGAGAUUGUGGCAACUUGAGAGAUGUGACGUGGCUCAUUUAUGCUGCAAAACUUGAAACUCUUGACUUACGUGACUGUAAAAAUUUGAGGGAAAUUAUAGGAUUCAAGUUGGGACAUGGAGCAGAAAUAGAAAAAAUGUCAAGAAAUUUCAUAUUCUCAAGUCUCAAGGUUCUACGUUUGGUUAGGUUACCAGUCCUAUAUACAAUAUGCUGCUAUGUCUUGCACUUUCCUUUGCUUAGAAAGAUUGAGGUACUAAAAUGUCAUAGUCUAGAGAUGCUGCCAUUUGAUUCCAAAAGCGCGAAGAACUGUCUAAUUCAUGGAGAAGAAAAGUGGUGGGAUAGAUUGGAUUGGGCGGAUGAAGCGACUAAGCAAAUUUUUAGUUCAAAAUUCUUCCGUCAUUCCUGGGGCGAUGAUGACGACGAAGAUGUUGGGGCAAGUUCUAGUGCGAUUUGAUUCGCGGUUUCUUGCUUUUGUAUACUUGAGUGAAAAUAAAGAAUGUGGUGGAGAUGCAAGUGGAGUUGAAGACAUUGUGAGGAACAUGAAAGCAGUUGAAAGGGCAGUCUUGGGGUUUAUGUGCAAGCAGAUUGUUGACAUGGGAAGAUUGAUGUAGGUCAAGGAAUGUGGUUUAGAAACAGAGUUUAUCAUAUAUGUCCGAUCAAGCAUUUCUCCUGAAAAUCAUCUACUGAUUGCCAGACAUACUAAUCAAUUUUGAGAUGUCUUUGUUUUUUCUUUUAUGUAAGGUUGUAUGAUUUCCAAUUUUGCUAGAAUGUGCUAUUGUAUGACACUCUUAUUCAAGUUUUGAAAUGAGGAGUGGAGUUCUGAGAAUUGCUUGGCAAGUGAAUGAAAUACAUUUAACACGAUUUCACUUUCA